AUGGAAAGGGCCAACGAGAGCUCUCUCAUGGGCUUUGUCCUUCUUGGCUUCUCAGACCACCCUCACCUGGAGGCUAUGCUCUUUCUGUUUGUGCUUUUCUUCUACCUGCUGACCCUUAUAGGCAACUUCACCAUCAUCCUGGUGUCUUACCUGGAUGCCCAUCUCCACACUCCCAUGUACUUCUUCCUCAGCAACCUGUCCCUGCUGGACCUGUGCUUCAGCACCAGUCUGGCACCACAGACCCUGGUCAAUCUGCGAGGCCCUGAGAAGACUAUCACCUAUGGUGGCUGUGUGGCGCAGCUGUACAUUUCCCUCGCUCUGGGCUCCACUGAAUGUAUCCUGCUGGCAGUCAUGGCUUUGGACCGCUACGUUGCUGUCUGCAAGCCUCUCCACUAUGUGGUCAUCAUGAACCCUAGACUGUGCCAGCAGCUGGCAUCUGUCUCCUGGCUCAGUGGUUUGGCCAACUCCCUGAUCCAUGCCACCUUUACUUUACAGUUGCCUUUCUGUGGCAACCAUAGGCUGAACCACUUUAUCUGUGAAGUUCCAGCUCUGCUCAAGUUAGCUUGUGCAGACACAACAGUCAAUGAGCUGGUGCUGUUUACUGUCAGUAUCCUGUUCCUCCUUCUUCCCCCUGCACUCAUCCUUGUCUCCUAUGGUUUCAUCACUCAGGCUGUGCUGAGGAUCAAGUCAGCAGAGGUCAGGCACAAAGCCUUCAACACCUGCUCCUCCCACCUCACAGUUGUAGUCAUCUUCUAUGGUACCAGCAUCUACAUGUACCUGCAGCCAAGCGACAGUUACUCCCAGGACCGAGGCAAGUUCAUCUCCCUCUUCUACACUAUAGUGACACCCACCUUAAAUCCCAUUAUCUACACUUUGAGGAACAAGGAUGUGAAAGAGGCAUUGAAGAGACUUCUUUCAGGAAAACUCUGCUCCCUACAGAGGUGA